AUGUUGUGCUCAAAGACAAAUCAAAAGCCGAUUAUCGCACUGGAUUGUGACGGUGUUCUUCUAGAUUAUCACGCUACAUUUGCUCAAAUCUAUGAAAAAGCUUUUGGAAAACAAUUGACUUGUGUGUCUCCAAAAUCUUAUUACUCUUCUACUGCGUAUGAUGUCACUUUCACACCUGAAGAACAGAAUCGAUUCAAUGAAGUAUGGGAUGCCGAAGGAUGGCGCACAAUGCCAAUGUUAGAUGGUGCACUUCAAGCUUGUAAUUUGCUUCAUGAAGCCGGUUAUGAACUGAUUUGCGUUACCGCAAUGCCUGCCUGUUUUUCUGAUCAUAGACUUGAAAAUUUUCUCUCACAUGGAUUUCCAAUCAAUCGAGUAAUUAGCACAGGCUAUGACAAAGAGAACCCCCAAAAUAACCCCAAAAAGAAAAUAAUCGAAGCGUUGCAUCCAGUAGCUUUCGUCGAUGACUUAAGACGAAAUUUUAAAGACAUUCAAGGCGUCCAUACGAAAUUCGUAUUUAUUGAUAACGAAUAUCACGAUGAUCCCAAUCAAUAUGAUAAUAUUUAUUACGAUGUUAAGUAUCCCACUCUUUUGGCUUUUGUCAAUGAUUUUCUCCAAGCAGAACAUGGGCAACAAAUUAAUUGGGCACAAAGGCCUGCCUUGCUUCUUUCUUCCACUUGA